UAUCAUCCCUUUUCUUUUUUCCCCUUCUAUCCGAACACACCUUUAGGGUUUAACGGCCAAAGUUGCCCACUGCAAUUCAAUUUGUCAAAACAGCUCCUGAAUUCCAAUAUUUUAUUCAAAAUUUGAUUGAUUGUUUCUUUAGCUAUACUUUUAUGUUCGAUUUCUGAAACUUCAUUCACUAAAUCUCAUUCAUUUCUCUUUUUCCCGCUUUAAUGAUGGUGUCAUUGGUCACUGCAACUUUCCCUUCGAAACCCUUGUCCCCAAUUCCAGCCCUUCUCAAUAAUUCUACAACCCCAAAUUGGAGCUACGACACCAUUCUCUUCAAAUUAAACACUCCUCAAAGAAGACCAAGUUUGGGUUUUUCUCCUUUUGAGAACCACUCGAAAUUAACCAUUUGUGCAGUGAAUUCAAUCCAAGCUUCGUCUUUGCCGGACCGCCGAGGAUUCUGGGAGGAACCUGAUGAUGGCAGUGGCAGUGAAUCUGAUGAAGAUGAGGGGGAAGUUGAAGAAAAUGAUUUGGAUUUCGAAAGCGACUGGGAAGAAAAGAGAGAUGCUUCAUCUACUGCUAAAAGUUCUGAUAAGGUUUUAGCAGACAAGUACGAGGAGGAUCUUGUCAAAGAGGUUGAACAGCUUUUGGGACCUGAAGAAAGAGUGAUUUUGCAACAGAAUAUGACUCCUAAAUUGGGGAAAAUAUCAACUGCAAAAUGGAACCCACUCCAUACUCUUGCACUAGCAGGACAGAUACAUUUCAUGGACAUGCUACUUGAAAACGGGCUUGAUAUUGACCUUGUUGAUAAGGAUGGUCUCACUGCUCUUCACAAAGCAAUUAUUGGUAAAAAAGAGGCCGUCAUUAGUCAUCUUUUGAGAAAAGGUGCAAGUCCCCACGUUAGAGAUCAGGGACGUGGAUUUAUCUGUUUCGCUCCAUACCAGGAUGGUGCCACUGCACUCCAUUAUGCGGUUCAAGUUGGUGCCUUACAAACUGUGAAGUUAUUAAUCAAAUACAAGGUUGAUGUGAAUGUGGCUGAUAAUGAAGGAUGGGCUCCAUUGCAUGUUGCAAUACAAAGUAGAAAUAGAGACAUAGCAAAAGUUUUGUUAGUCAAUGGGGCAGACAAGACCAGAAGAACUAAGGAUGGGAAAACACCCCUCGAUAUAAGCUUAUGUUACGGGAAAGAUUUCAAGUCCUACGAGCUUUCCAAGUUGCUGAAGCUUGUACCAGCCAACAGAGAUUUCUAAUUUGGUGCAUUCCGAGCUUGGGUAGAAUUGAUCAUUAUGACAGAUGCAUUUGGUGAUACAAUCUUCUCAUUUUUCUUAGUGCACAAGGCUAAGGUAGUCUUUUCGGUGAUUGAAAUGAAAUACAUAGAUAUGAGGAUUGACUGUAUUCGGAGUUUUGGAGGAGGAAUUCGUUGAAAUGCAGAACACAUGGAGUCUGGUAACAGUGUCUUCUGGAGUCUGGUACAGUUAUACAAUUGUGGAUCUUGCUAUUGAUGGUUAAUUGGUUUGAACAUCUGUGGAGGUUGAGUUGGAACAUCACACCAUUCUUGCAAUACUUGUACAAAGGAAUGCUUAAAGGUAGGUUAGACUGGGUUCUCAGUACUCACCAUGCACCCUAAUUACAAGGUGAAUGCUAAGGAUGGUGGUAAUUUUUGGUGUGCCAAAUGUGCACAUGUAUGUAUUAUCUGACUGCUCAUCAAUUUAAGUUGUUCCAUUCUUUUAUUCUCUA